UGUGCAUGUGUGUAGAGAGCCGAGUUUGCCCGUGUUCCUGCCCGCCUCGCACUGCAGUAACAACCAAACACCCACCCCAUUUCCCCACCGAAGGAAAAAAGAAAAGAAGAAGAAAAAAAAUACUGGCUGCUGGCCUGGCCCAUCACGGCUGUUGGCAUCUAGUACUCGGUCGUCGUAGUGUAACACGUACAGAGCCACGAGAUAGAGAGACUUGACUAGAGUUCCGCCAACUAUUUUUGUUUGUUUUUUCUAACCCUAUGCCAUCCGCUUCAAACUGACCAAACAUUUUACUUCAAUUCAAAAAGGCAAGAAUUGCGCACACACACAAGUUGCGUCUUUUUGGCGACAAAAUCAGAUGAGGAUUCGCUUCUUCUAGAGAGUGCGAUGAGCCCGACCAUCGGACUAACCAUCCCACCACCACCGCUACUUCAAUCUUGUUGUUGCCCGUGUCGUGGCCGCCGUUCAACAACCAAAAUUUCGCAGUGAAAAAGCCAAUUUCUUUUUGAUUUGUUUCAUUUCCCCCAGUUUGCCCCAGUCAACAAUUUCGGUUUCUAUAUGAAGUGAGCAGUGUCGUCAUUGGUGCAGCCCAAAAGUGUGAGAGUGACCCCUAAUUUACAGUGUCAGGACGACAGAUGAUGUUACGUCAUUGAGACGAGAACUCGAUCAAAAGUGGACAAAAACAAAAUUGGAAUUUUGGGUUUCCUUUUUUGAAUUUGAAAAAAUCAAAUUAAAAGACAAGAAACAAAACAAACAAACAAAAGAUGAACGCCAACGUUCUUUACGGUGUUUGCAACGGUGACGGAGGCGUCGGCGUCGGUUACGGAUCAGCGUCAAACUACGCGACAGAUUUGGCCGGAUCCGUCUACGGAGGAGUCUACGGAAGCGGAUCCGUCAGUUCAAACAGCGGCGGAGGUUCGUCGGGCCAGGCCUCGACCCCGGAAUCGAGCGGCCCGACGGGCGGCAGUGUUUUGGGCUCCGUCGGCCCGCCGCACUACCUGAGCCACCAGCAGCAGCAGACGCCCGAUCCGCGAACGCCUCCGCUGACUCCGCACGAUCAGCACACAAAUUCCGGUUUGCUCCAGUCGGGAGACGUCGGCGGAGGCUCGGGAAACGGCCUCUCCUACACCAAUUUGGACGCCAACGGAUACGCCACGGCGGCCGCAGCUGCAGCGGCCGCUGCCGCCGCCACAGCCGCCGCCGCCUCCUACCACCUGAGCCCGCACAGCGUGGGGACGGGCAUGGGCCAGCAUUCGAUAUCUUCAGUGUCCGUCGGUAACAGCAGUGCCUACCAAACGGAUUAUUCCGGCCAGCACCACGGUUCGCCCAACCAGCAGCAGCAGCAGCAACAUCAUCAGCAAUUGCACCAGCAGCAACAACAGCAACAACAGCACCACCACGCCCAGCACCAGCACGGAAUACAACAGCAGCAACAGCAGCAGCAACAACAUCACCACCAUCAACAGCAACAACAACAACACCACCAGGUUCAUCACCAGAGUCAUCACGGACACCCACACCAUCACCACUCUGUGCACCACGGGCAUCAUCAAGUCCAUCCGGCCAUGACGGGUCAUGGCGUCGUGGUGGACGGCACCGUCGGAAUCAACGGCCUAUCAGCGGCGGCCGUCGCCAUUCCCACGGGAGCGACGGCAGGUUACGGCUACCCGGACGUGACCCAGUACGGAGCCCGCGUCACACAUCCAGCAGCCGCGGCGGCUGGCCAUUUCGGCUCCUCCGUGGGACCGUACGGCGUCGGCGUCGGCGGGCCAUCGCUGCGAGAUCAAUGCCAGGUCAACGGCAUGCUCAACCUGGUUGGACUGGGAGCGGCCGCCGCGGCCGCUGCCCAGCACCCCGGCCAGCAUCACAAUCAACUCCAGGGGCAAAGUGGUGCAAGUGGCGGCGGAGGCAACGGCGGAGGAGUCCAGCCCAAUCUCAACCACCCCGUCCAGCAACAACAGCAGUCCAACGUUCCCACCUACAAAUGGAUGCAAGUCAAACGGAAUGUACCCAAACCUGCUCCCAGACCAGAGUACGGAUUUGGAGGUAGCAGUCCAAAUUGUGGCAACGGAGUCGGCGGACUCGGGGGUGGAAUGGGCGGCGGUUUGCCCGGUUUAGGAGGCCUCGGAGGCGGUGGAGGAGUUGGGAGUCCAGGCGGAGGUGGUAACAACGGAGGUAACGGUGGCAACGGAGGCGUCGGCGGUCUGGGAGGACUCGGCGGUGCCAACAACACGGGCCGGACCAAUUUCACCACCAAACAGCUGACCGAGUUGGAGAAAGAGUUCCACUUCAACAAAUACCUGACGAGGGCGAGGCGGAUCGAGAUCGCGGCCGCCCUGCAACUCAACGAGACUCAGGUCAAGAUCUGGUUCCAAAACAGGCGGAUGAAGCAAAAGAAACGAAUGAAGGAGGGACUCAUUCCGCCAGAGCCGACACUUUCGUGCACUUCACCCUCGGCUCCAUCGCCCGUCACCGAUUCCGAGAGCAACGCCAGUGGCGGCGCACCCUCAAAGAGCGAAUCACCGCCUACGCCUCUCUAAUCCCAACAAAUAUUCGAUCAUUUUUCCUGUCUGUUUUUACUUUUUUUUUAUUAUUAUUAUUAUCAUUAUUUUUCUCAGAAAAUAAUUUUUUCUUUUCAAUUUUUCAUCCACGCACCCAAAACAAAAAAAAAUCAACUACAACAUCAAGAAAACAAUAUAUAAAUAUAUAAUAUAAAAAAAGCUCGACCCAUUCACUAAUUUCCUCGUCUAAUCCAAAAUCUAAAAAUAAAAUUCCGCACACACAAGACACACCCGAUCCUGUUUUAACCAUCGCCUCCCUUCCCCCGGGAAAAACAAUUUGAAAGGGGGAAAAACAUCACACACACACAUAGCAAUGAGAUUCCUAAAAAAAAGUUUUGCAAAAACCUCCUUUAUUUCUGGUUUGGGGUUCUUAUUUAUUAAUUUGUACCGGUAUUACUUUCGUGAGAAAACAACAACAUUUAGCUGAAAAAAAAAAUGAUAAUAACCAUCGGUUCAAUCUGUUUGAAAUCGAUUAACAUGCGGAAAAAUUCCCAGAUAAAUCAAACCUAUACGAUCAACACUUUUUUUUUAAAUUUUAACUUGCAUGUAAAAAAGAAAAGAACAAAAAACAAUCCUAGUCUUUUGGGGUUCACCUUUCCUCUUUUUUUUCUAAGCUCCUCCUUUUAUCUUUUCGAAAUUUUACGGCAAACAAAAUUCACCCACUCAAAAACACUCAAACUUGUACUACCCUAAGAUGACGAUAAAAACAAAAAGAGAAAAAAAAAUCUCCUUAAACUGGCUAAUAAAAAUAGAUAAAGAUAUCAAUUGUCGCAAUCUCUUUUUUUAAGAGAUUUGACGCAGUGAGAUGUGAUGUAAAAGUUUGUUGUUGAUCAAACAAUGUUGAUAAUCCAUGUGUGCACGUACUAUACAUCCAUCACCGAGAGAAUCACCAAGCGAAGAAAAUCCAUCCGGUCUUCACCUCCCCUUUGUGUUUGAAUAACCAACUUAUUGAAUUAACAAAAUGAUUUCUUGAUUCAAAAAUCAAGAAAUCAUUUGAGGGAAAAAGAGUUUUUUUUUUUUUCGUUUCACUUCCCGCACUAUCAAAAAUUGUGUCGCUAUUCGUUUCAUUUUUGUCACAUUUUGUUUCGUUUUCUAUUCUAACCGACUGCCCUGUGUGCGCUUUAAAAAUAUUUUAUUUUGUGCGAUUGCGUUAAAAUAACGUAACCAAAUACUCCCACCCCCGAAAUCACACCAGACGAGAUAUUAUUCAUUUAUAUCACAAGAAAAUACACACCACGAACGGUGAACAGUUGACACAUUUGCAAUCGUCCGCGCGUAAAAAGUUGAGAAAAAAAAUCUUUGUAAAACAUUUCACGAUUUACGAUUGGCUCACUAUAACUAAAGAGAUUAAAGAGAGAAUGAACAUUCCUUCUAUAUAUUUGCGUGUGUAUGUGUGUUGGUUUAAAUCCGCCGAUGAUGUUAUUCAACUAUUUGACACUCACACAAAGACGAAAUUUAAAAAAAAGUUAAAAAAACAAAACAAAAAAAUAUUUUUCGGUUUAAAUAAAAAAAUAUUUCUUUUUCCCUUUCGUAUACCCCUGUGUUUUUACAACUUGUAUAUAAACUGAUAUUAUCUUCUCCUCCUUCUCUUAUAUACAAACAAAAAACUCACAUUAUGUACCGUAUAUGUAUCAUGAUGUAUGUUGUAUUAUGAUGUAAUGUAUAACAAAACAUCCAAGCCGGUAUUAUUAUGUAUUAUCAUCAAGCGAGAUAGUAUUCAUUGCAAUGAUUUUUCUGA